AUGGCGCGCUACGCUCAUCACAUUUUUAAAGUGCAUAUCGCAGAUGGAUUUUCAAAUGACUGUGAUGAACUUAUUCAUAAGUGCUUACAGCUACGGACUUUAGACUACCAGACGUUUUGCAAUUUUUGGAAAGACUUCAACUUUGGCAUGAUUUAUAUGGGAAGAACUUCAGGUGCAGAAAUUGCUGAAUUAACUGAAGAAGUUAUACACAUUGCUAAACACUAUAUGGUUAAAGAUACUAGUAAUAUAGAGGAAUCAAUAGCAGGCCUCUUCUUAGUAUAUGGUCUAAUAAAGCUACAGCCAUACCCAGGCUUUGCCUGUCUUCGUAUAGUUCCAGAUGACUUGCAAGCAAUUAAUAGGAUAGAAGUUGUGGCUCGUAGGGACAGAAGAUUGGAUGUUUUAUAUAUACUGGGAGAGUUAUUGUCAUCAUGCAGUCAGUAUCAUGCGGCAGAGAGGGAGAGGGGUUUGGAAGCAGUGCUUCGAAAGUAUUUGGAAGGUUACACAAGCAUAGACAAGCUAGGGGUGCGCCCAAAAGGAGUGUUCUUUAGACAAAACGAAGAGCUGGAUAUUAUAAGGGACUUGGGUUCAGUUACCAGACAGUAUGCAAGGGCUAAAAAGUCACUUAUAGGUGAUGCCGUAUCAGAUCCCAGUCUUCAGUACAUUAACGAGAAUCUACCAAAUGAAUUGAACGCCUCACUGAGGAAAGUGAUCAAUGGAAUAGUUGAAAUUGAUGCAGACAGCGAUGACGAUGAUGAAGACGAUGACGACCACUACAGCAACGUGCAAGCCAUCAAGAGCAAAGCCAUGACGAACACCGUAAAUCCUAUGAAGCACUUGCAAGGUGUCAGCGAUAGGGAUGCAGCAAAUCCUGUCCUAAAAAGCAAACCCGAAUUAAAAUCACCAACUGGCAAAAUAAAAACUGUCAGUCCCACCAAGCCUGUCACGACGUCACCAAAAAAACGAAAAGCACCCUUAAAACGGGGUAAAGCUAAAAAAGCUAGAAGGAAAAGCAAAGAAAAAUCUGAAACAAACAUUUCGAAUGAAAAUAUUGAAUUAAAUCUUGAAGAAUUCAAAAAAGUAAGUGCUAAUAAUGAAGCAGAUGGACAAUGUGUUAGUGUAGAGAUAGAAAUAGAAGCAAUACCUCCAACUAAAGCGUUGGAAAAUAAUGGAGAUGCGAUUGAAAUCGAAGUCAUUGAUAAUAAAAUGCCUGAGGCUAGUAAUAAUAGUACUAAAGACAACAGUGAUAAUAAAACUGAAAGUGAUGAAUCAUAUGAUGACGAAACUGAAGACGAUGAAUGUGUUAAUGAAAGCGGAGUUGAUGAAGUUCGUGCAGGUGAUGAAGUUCGCGAAAUGGCCAAUGUUCAAACUAAAAUGUCAAUGGAUUUGACAAGACCAAGCAAGAGAACUCGUAGAGAUAUACCAAUAAUUAUAGAACCGAUAGUAAGGAAGAAAGAGAAGCAAGACUGUAAGAGGAACAAAAUAAAAUCGAAGUUUCGCAAAUGGGGCAUACUUCCCAUUGCUAAUUUUAAAGAAAAA